CUGUUGUGUCAUGAGCCAUACGAGCCCUCGCUUCGUGUUUGUCACGGUUCGCUGUUAACUCUCACCGCGAUCUCGUUCUGUACCACAGGACAGCUCUCAUCAUAAACCAGAUCACCUCUACUUCAGGACGCACACUAAGAUCUCCCAAUGGCAACAAUUGACGCUCAGGUCCUCAGGGAAAUGAUUAAACAAUUUCGAGUUCUUAUCAUAGGAAGAGCAAACGCAGGCAAAACGUCCAUUCUUCACAAGGUCUGCAAUACCACGGAUGAACCAGAAAUUUACGAUACCAAAGGACACAAGAUCAAUGCGGCCGUCGUGGAAUCAUCAAUCAAGCGUGGAAACCAUGACAUCCGAAACGAAAUGGUGUUCAAAAGCAAUCCUGGUUUAGUCUUCCAUGACUCAUGCGGUUUCGAAGCGGGUUCUGAAGAGGAAUUCGAGGAUAUGAAGAAUUUUAUCUCAGAACGGGCAAAUGCGACGAGAUUGGAGGACCGCCUCCAUGCGAUUUGGUACUGUAUUCCGAUGGACGACCAUUGUCGAACAUUUCAACGAUCAGAGGAGAAGUUCUUCUCAGAGUGCGACACUGGGCACAGCGAGUUUUCAGGUCUAUUUUCCUAUGCUUUUCUCGGACUAAAUGAUCCGUCUUCAGUUCCUGUGAUUGUGGUAUUCACCAAGUUUGAAGCUUUACGUCCAGUCGCGUUCGGAGAACUCAAGAAGCAACUGAAAGGGGCAUCAGGAGAAGAGCGCUCAAGAAGGAUUGCUCAGCGGGUCGAAGAACUAUUUACUAACACAGGUGUCUUGGAUCGGUUGUGCGGUCCUGACAACCGUGCACGUCCUAAGUCCCAUGUACGCUUGGCGAAUAUGGAUAAACCGGAUACAAACUGCAACCUUCUACUGGAACACACCACUCUAGCAUUGGACAACAAAGAAUUGCAGUUGUGCCUGAUUUCGACACAACAGUCAAACCUGGAGCUUUGCAUCAAGUGUGCUGUCGGGUGAGUCGCACAGUUGCAAGUCACAUAUUUUUGUUUCAACAUAAUCUAGAACAAUCGUUGAACGUGUACAGCAAUCCGGGCCAAUUGAAGUCGAUCAGUAUUUAAUUACUAAGUGGUUUCCACAUCUGAAAGUAAGA